AUGGAGACCGGCGAGACCGGCGAGACCGGCCCACCCCCACCAUCGGCGUCCGCGGCGACGAGCGUCCCGAUUGGGACAAAGGAGACGCAAGUCCCUAUCGCCGCCGCGACCUACGCCACCGCCGCGAUUCAAAAGACUAAGCAGACUCCCGAGCAGCAGACCCAACAACAACACCGUGCCAAGGCUUUGACCCAAAUGUUCGAAGUCAUGGGUGCUGUACCGGGCAAUCACACCGACCGGUGGUUGCAAGCCACCUUCGCCACCGACGAGUACCCUGUCGCUACCGCUACAUCGCUCAAGUAUUCGGCUCUCAACGCCAAUCGAUCCAUUCGAAACAUCUUCGACUUUGCUCUCGACGUCACUUUGACCGUCCAAGGCGCCUCGAAGGCCUCUCCCGCGGACAAGGCCGAUCUGCUCGGUUGCGUCACGAGACUGCUCUCCCCGCAAUCGCCCCUGUGCUUCGACGCCGAGGUCACCCUUCCCGAGCACCUUGCGGCGUUUGCGCCCCAGAUUAGGGGUAUCCAACACUCGUCUUUCGUCAGGGCCGGUGUGGUCAACCACCGUAUCUCCGUGGGAUUCGUUUCGGCGAAGGCACGUGACUCGGCGCUUACGGCCCCACUGGCGCUUACUUGGCACUCUGCAAAGGCUCACUUCGCAAAGGCCCACCACUUCUACCACAACAUGGUUGAGCUGCGUAUCAACGUCGGUGUCGCAGCGGUCCCAUCCAGGGAUGCCAUUGUUGACUCUUUUAAAUCAAUUGUCACCAAAAUCACAGCCAAGGGACACCGUUGCGAGCUGGUACAAGUCUUGCGCGUGAUCCACGUCGAUAACGACUCGGCCUAUGCGCACUUGGCCGGCGAGUUUUCGGCCUUUAUCCGCUUCGACGACGACGCCCUUUUCAAAGCCCCUAACAACACGCUAAAGGAGCUCCUACCGUCGAAGGUCUCUCUAGCCACUAGAGGCAACAUGCAUACGGCGGUUCGUCACGACUACGAACGAGAAGCGGCCUGUGCUCGGUGCCACUUUGUGGGGCAUGUGGAGACCUGCGCGCUGGAACAGGAGAGGAGGCAGAAGGAAGCGAACAACAACACCGGAAGGCACAACAAGUACCACAACAACCCAACCAACACCGACAACGACGCUUCCGAGGUUGUGGCCCCUAGCCGCGCCCUCGGAACCGACCAACUCGAAUUGCAGAACCGAUUUGCGGGGCUCGAGGUCGAAGGAGGACAGGAGGAUGACGUCGAGGAGGAGGAUGCAGGAAAGGAGGGCGAGGAAAAGGAGCAGGUCGAAGAAGGAGACGAGGAUACGGGCGCCAAGGCGGACGACGAGGAUUCGGACUCGGAUGGGAACGCCGGAGCGGGCAUCGACAAGGCGGGAGGCGACGACAAGGACGACGACGAGGACGAACAGGACGACAGCUCGGAGGGAAGCGAACAAAGGGAGGACGAAGGAAACGAUGGGGAUGACGUGAUGAAAGAUGGAGCAGAGGAGGAGGACGAAGGGACGGAGACGGAGGUGGAAGAAGAGGUCGAGCAGGAACAGGGGGUACAGGACGACAGCAUCAUGAUCAUCGACGACGACCAAACGACGAUCACCACGGUUUCCCGCGAGUCGACUCCUCGGAGUCCCUCGUGGCCUCCACUAUCUCCUGAGACGUUGGCAAAGUCGCUGCGCGAGGGUGCGGAGUGGGACCGAGCUAACACCGAAGCUGCUGCACGUGUCCAAGCAGAAAAGGAGGCGAUCAUCAACGCCCAACUCGACGCGGAGGAACCGCUCGUUCGCCACCAAUUUGCAGAGUGGGGUCAGGAAGAUGGACAACUGCGAUUCAUCAACAUUCAUGGCACCGGCUCCGGGUCGAACAAGAAGAUGAAGAGGUCGCAAACGGUGGCCGAUCUCAGCGAUCCGAGCGACGACCCGGUCGAUAUCAAGCGCGUUCUGAACAGGGUCAAAGGUCAAGCAGGAAAGGAGGUAGCGGGUCAGGGGAAGAGGGUGACGAGGUCGAUGUCGGCGGCGGCGGCGAUGCAGGUCGAGGGGGCCAAGGCGAAAGCGGAGAAGGGUAAAGGGGUGGAGGAGGAGAAGCGCUGGUCCGACCACGAGCCCGAGGAUGACAUUCUCCCCGAAUUCCCACUCUUUGAGGACGACACUACCGCCAAGAGCACGUCUACAUCGUCUACCCAAUAAUGAUCAAGCACACCAUCACCAGCUGGAACGUGAGGAGGUGCAUGGGGAUCCCGGAAAAGCGACGCAACAUUUACACCUAUUUAUCAACAUUCAAAGCAUCCGCCAUUCUACUACAAGAACACUUCAUCAAACCGGAACUCUGGCAAUGUAUCAAGGACGAGUACGAGGGCAAGGUCUUCAUCAGCAAACACUGUCUGACUCUGAUCCCCGCCGACUCGCCCCUGAUCGACACCGAGAUUUUGCGCACCCACUCGGCACUCGACGGACGAAUCCUGGUCACCUCCUUUCGACUUCGAGGCGACAUCCGGAUACUCGAGAUCAACAACAUUUACGCACCAGUCGAUACAAAACAACGACUCACAUUCUUUGACAAACUACAUUUCCACAGGACGCAGAGCACCCACCUUCGACUCCUCGGCGGCGAUCUCAACGACUGCCCGCUGCCGGCGAUCGAUCGGUGGAACCAAGGUCGGCACGGCCAUCACUGGCCGAUCCUGAUCGGCAAGCUCGACUCGCCCUACACUGACUGCAUACGAUUCAAACACCCGCUCACACCAUCUUUCACUCGACCCAACAUCAUCCGCAAGCGACCAAAGUCCUUUUCACGACUUGACUACUUCCUUCUGCAGCGCACCCACCAAAAGCGACUCGUCCAAGCCUCGACGAUCUACGACCACCCCAAGGACCUUUCGGAUCACCGACCGGUCUCAAUCAUCCUAGUUCUCUCGGAUGAGCGAGGAGACGCGGCUCAACCCAACAACAGUUUACCAACGACAUCAAACCAAUUACAUCGUAUCAACGCGGCGACCUUCAAGACGGCGGAGUUCCAGGGGAUGUUGGAAGGAUGGUUGGAAGGAGCGAGUGGGGAGGAACCGGUGGGGGAGCUCGAGGUGGUGCUGGGGAACUGCGCGAAGGAGGGUCGGGAGCUGGCGAGGAGGGAGCAUCGGGAGCGGGUGGAGCGGAUGGCGGUCUUGGUGGGAAGGGUGCAGGAUCUGGAGGCAUUGCGGUGAUGGGGGACGAGGAGACGGCCGAAUGGACGCGGACGACGGAGGAACUUAGGCGAGCGGUCAACGAGCGCGCGCGCCAACUUCGGAUCCGAGCCCACGUACCUGAAAUCGCUACCGAGGAACGACUGUCGCGGCCGGUCCACGCCAAGCUCGCGGCACGGAGUUCGGAUUCCAAGAUCACAGCACUGCGAUUGCCCAACGGAGAGCUGACACAUGACAUUGACGUCGCGCUUGACCACACACAGGCGCACUUUCAGCGCCUCUACGAUCUCGAGCCGCGCGAUCGGGACCACGUCGAGCGACUUAGGGACGAUUUCUUGGCGCCGAUCAGGUCGGCGCGCACUUGCGAUGACCCGAGCUCGGACCCGCUCUUUCUGCGACGACUCUCGGAAGCGCACAUCGAGCUGCUGCAGCAACCCAUCACCGAGGACGAGGUCGUAGCCGCAAUCGCAACAACACACCCCGGUCGAUCGCCGGGUCCAUCUGGCGUGCCCUACGAGCUCUAUCACACAGCGCCGCGGGCGUGGGCCAAGGCGCUGAGCAGGGCCUUCAACGCGAUGACCGAGCGCGGCUCGCUUUCACCGAAGCAGGGGCAAGGACUCGCUCGCCUGCUCUUCAAGCACCACAAGAUCGGGGCCGAUCGCGCCGAGCUCUCGUCGUACCGGCCCAUCACCUUGCGCGAGUGCGACUACAAGCUCUUCACCAAGGUGUCAGGAGCACAGCCUGCACUGCCAUCAAUACUCGAAGGAAGUCUCCCAAGUUUGCGGCCGGAGUCGACAUCAGCUACCGGUUUGUUCGUUGCAAGCAUUGUCGGCGCGAUGGUGUAGUCGUGAGGGCGCGCGGGCGCGCACUCAGUGGUCGAGGGUUCGAUCCGCCCGGAGCGUGAUCUGCCUUUUGGUUUCUUUUCCUUUUUGUUAUCCGAGGCCCGGCUUCGGGGUUUUUACCGGUGCCUUGCAGGCAAUCCUUUUUACCCCUGAAGCGACCUCGUGGUGUAGUUAUUUGAUUCAGUCUUUCCUUCGCUCGGAGCACUUCCCUCCUUUUGCUUUUGCCACCCUUCCCCUAGAGCUUGGUCCACUCAUUAUCAUGACUCGUACCCUCCCUCUUUUUACCCAUUUCGCUGGCAAUUAAGUCCGUUACACUUGAUUUGCUGCGAAGCCUUCCGACCGAAUCCACUCCUCGGUUGCUCUCGGUCGACUGCCGCCGCCCAGCCGACUCGACCUUCCCAUCGGCCUGGUCAGCUAUUUCUUGGAUCGUUUGCCCUUCCUCUUUUGUCCGACCUCGUUGGCCACCAUAGUCCGGUACACUGGACUUGCUGCGAGCCUUGCAGCCGCGUAUCCUCCGCGGUUGCCUCUCGGUCGACUUCCGCCGCCCAGCCGACUCGACCUUCCCACCGGCCUGGUCAGCUAUUUCUUGGAUCGUUUGCCCUCCCUCUUCUGUCCGACCUCGUUGGCUACCAUAGUUCGGUACACUGGACUUGCUGCGAGCCUUGCAGCCGCGUAUCCUCCGCGGUUGCCUCUCGGUCGACUGCCGCCGCCUCGGUCGACACCCCCUUCGCUCCUUCGCGCUUUCGCGCGCUCUCUCGCUCUCUCCCUCGUCUCUCGCGUGUAGUCAUCGUCAUCCCCUCCGACGUUGCCUGUCACAAGGUCUACGUUGCGCGACUCAACCACGUGCUGCCGGACCUGCUCCCACCGCAACAGCACGGCUUCGUCAAGGGCCGCCGAUCGGCGGACGCGUCAUUCCACCUGCGACUCUUGAUCGAAGAGCUGGGCGCGCGCGGCACCGAGUUCCCUGACGCGGCGCUCUUGUCUCUUGACCAAUCGUCGGCUUACGACCUCGUCGAGCACGAAUGGAUCUUCGCCAUCUUCGACGCUCUCGGCGCUCCUGCCGCCUUCCAACGCGUUCUGAGGAUGCUCUACUCGGGUGACUCAACCACGGCGCGAUAUAUCAUCAACGGCUUCUUGACUCCGCCGGUGCGGCUGACGUGUGGGCUCGGCCAAGGGGACCCGGCGUCGUCGUCGGUCUGGGAUGUCGUGUUCCAGCCGUUCCUGGAUGCUCUGCACCGUCGAGGCAUCGCGCUGAACCUCUCGCUUCCUACCAUUCACCCCUACCCACAGAGCCGCGCUAUUACAUCCCUUGCGUUUGCCGAUGACGUCGUCGUCGCUGUCGCGGGCUCGGAGUCACUCAACUUGCUCGACGACCUGGCGCUCGACUGGAGGCUCGCAACCAAUGGCCGGCUCAACACCGACAAGACCGUCGUACUACCCAUCGGGUGUCGCUGGGAGGCUGGCGAUCGUCCGCUCGUCGUCAAGGCCGAGGGCGAGUCGCUCGAGUGGAUCGGCCUAUCUUUCGACCCCACCGGCAACACCGAACUCGCCAACGUGAAUCUCGUCGCACGGCUCGAAGCGGUGCUCGAUUCGGCACGGGACCGAGGGCUCACACACCACACCCGAGCGUUCUACGUCAACCGAUACGCCAUUCCCAAGAUUCUGCACAUCCUCUCCGCCGACAUCCCACCGCUCGAGGUCGUCAAGGAGCUUGAUCGCAUUCUCGCCGACUUUGUCCGCGGCGGCAAGAGGAGGUCGUGCUAUGGCAAGGACGUCGUCUUCACACCGAGGUUCAAGGGGGGUCUUGGGGUCAUGCGGAUGCAGGACGUCGUCGACUCGGUUGCGGCACGCGUCUGGGACGUGCUUCUUGGCGGUUCGGAUGCGAUCUGGCAGGGACUUGCGCGCGCGGCGAUUGUACGAGCCCAUCCCGCCCCCGACUUUGACUUGGCAACCGAUGCGUGGCCUUGCGACUACACUCCGAUCCGAACCGAUCUACACCCAAGAUGGCAGGCCGUGCUGAAGGUACCAUCGACGCACAAUGCGCAAGUCAAGCCGAGGACGUUGACGCUCGCGAACCUUCUCGCUCUUCCGAUCAAGUUGCACACCCUUCACUACCUACCGGGAGCACCAGCUGUGUCGCGACCACCCUACGACGCCGACUAUGCUGCGUUUGCCAUUUACGCCAAGGUAGCGGACCUGUUUCGACGCGAGCUGUACCCGGGCGGGGGCUUUCAUCUCUGGACGCCGCCGACGGAUGUGGUCGUCAGCAACAGCGAAUACGAUCAACGGGGCCGCCCACAACGAGAGCACAUCGUGGCAUGGUACCGACAUGCGAUCAAUCGAUUGAGGUUCACACCAAUAGCUCAACCGGUGGCGGCAGUACGAAUCAACGGGCCUCCCCGAGUCCGCCCCACCACGCCGCUCGAGUCGAUCCUGCCCCAUCCGAUCGACCCGCCGCAGCGCCUUCCGAGACCGGCUCUCCCAGACCAAUCAACACAAUACAACUUGCUCAGCAUGGAUCGGCCAUACACCAUCCGUCGCGUCCGCCGAGUCUUGAAUGCAAAGGCCUUCACCGACACGAUCGGUUUCAGGGACUCGCUGCAGCCCGACGAUCUCAAGGGAUUCUGGAAGGGGGUCAACUCGAAGGCAUUGACGGCGAGGGAACGCGAGGUGUGGUUCAAGCUCGUCAGGAACUUCACCCCGACUCGGAGUCUGCAGUUUCAUCAAAAGCACGACGACUCGCCCGCGUGCCUCGUCUGUGGAGCGCCCAAGGACGAUCGGGAGCACUACUUCUUCGACUGCGUUGACUCUAGGAAUGUUUGGAUCGCGGCAAGGGGCGUGCUCUGCGACGCACUGGGGUUCGACACGAUCGACAACACGCAUUACACGGCCGUUCAACGCAUGUUCGGACUUCCGAAGCUCAAGGCCAGUCUGCACGAUCAGGAAGGAGCGGGGAGGACGAUCGAAAUAUUCACCGGGCUGGUCUUGGAGAUGAUCAGCAGCGGGAGGUGGGGGAUGCAGAAGUGGGGGACGAGGCUGGAGGGUGUUGGGAGGAGGAGGAUCAUCUUGGAGGAGAGGUUGAAGCUGAGGGCGGGAGGAGCUUGGGGGAGGAGAGGGCAGUAG